AUACUCGAGUAUACCAACACAGCUUGCCAAUUACUCAGACCACCUCAAUUGCCUGCGAUACCUACGUGUAGCUGCAGGGAGCAUUUGCGGGUAUUUGACAUUUAGUAAAUAUUUCCAAUCAUGGCGCAGGUUAUUGCCAACUCUGGCCAUGAUGACAUGAUUCACGAUGCCAGCCUCGAUUAUUACGGGCGACGAUUGGCGACAUGUUCUUCCGACAAAACAAUCAAAAUCUUCGAGGUUGAAGGAGAGACACAGAGAUUAGUUGAUACGUUGAAAGGACACGAAGGUGCCGUGUGGUGUGUGGCUUGGGCGCAUCCGAAAUUUGGCACAAUCCUUGCUUCCUCCUCCUACGAUGGCAAAGUCUUGAUCUGGCGCGAACAACCUUCCAGUGCCUCAACCAACGGAAGCCCAUGGACCAAGGUCUUCGACUUCUCUCUCCAUACCGCAUCAGUGAAUAUCGUGUCAUGGGCGCCUCAUGAAAGUGGCUGUCUUCUUGCUUGUGCCUCGUCGGACGGUCAAGUUAGCGUGUUGGAGUUCCAGGACAACAGCUGGACACAUCAGAUGUUCCAUGCCCAUGGCAUGGGCGUCAACUCUGUGAGCUGGGCACCAGCAGCAUCUCCAGGCAGUCUCAUAAGCGCAAAUCCUGGGCCGGGUCAACAACGGAGGUUUGUCACUGGUGGAAGCGAUAAUCUUGUCAAAAUCUGGGACUAUAGCCCCGAGUCCAAGGCAUACAACCCCGUUCAGACAUUAGAAGGCCAUACCGAUUGGGUCCGGGAUGUCGCUUGGUCGCCCAGCAUUCUCUCCAAAUCAUACAUCGCUUCCGCUUCACAGGACAAGACAGUCCGGAUCUGGACAUCCGAUGCCUCAGCUCCCGGUCAGUGGACGAGCACCGUGCUUGAAUUCGAUUCUGUCCUGUGGCGUGUCAGCUGGAGUUUGAGCGGCAAUAUCUUGGCUGUGAGCGGAGGCGACAACAAAGUGACAUUGUGGAAAGAAAACCUCAAGGGUCAGUGGGAGAAAGUGAAAGACAUUGACGAAUAGGUCAAGGUUUUGUCAAAGGUGCUGGUGGCUUAAAAUGAUCUUACGUCCAUAAUCCUAUAUUCUUUUUCUUUUUUGUUCUUUUUUUUUUUUAGAGCAAUCUUUUCUUUCCCAUUCUGCUAGUAAUAUUAUUUCUGGCUAUCGUUUCUUAAUAACGUACAGUCAAGUUUCGAAAGGAGAC